AUGACGAUUCUUCGACAGGGUAGCUCAAAGAAGGGGCGUGGGAAAUACGGUCGCAACGACCACCGAGCGCCGCUGUCGAAUCACGACCGCGCUCAGGAAGUCUUCACCCUGCUGAACACGACAUAUGAGGCCGCCCUGAUGAACGAGCAUGAAAAAAUCCUGAAACCGAACAACCGAAAGCCCAAUCGGCAGGACAACCGGGAUACCGGUAAAUUCUGCCGGUACCAUCAGCAAAACAGCCACAACACCGAAGACUGCAUUAGUCUGAGGAAGAUCGUUGAAAGGCUAAUUGGGAGGGAAAGCUGGACAAGUACAUCGGCAGACCACAGCAGGCACCUGCCCCAAACGCCAAUCGGCAUAUCAACAUGA